CAGUGGGGUUUCAUGAGUCAGAUUGGGCUGUUGGGAGUUUCUUCUGAAGAUGUACAUGUUGGUUGAAAACCGCACAAAUUCCUAUCUUCAUCUGAAGAGGUCCCCUGGCAUCCGAUCUUGGUCUCUUUUUGUUGGAAUAGCCUCCAUAGGUUUGGCUGCUGCUUAUUAUAGUGCAGACAGCUUGGCAUGGAAGCUCUUCUAUAUGGCCGGGUGUUUCUUUGUGGCAGCACAGAAUCUGGAGCAGUGGGAGGAAGCUGUAUUUGAUAAGAACAAGGGAACAGUCUGCCUAAAAACAUUCAAUCUUUACAAAAAAAUACUGACCUUCUCAAAAGGAGGCAAUGAACAAGUAGUGGCUCUGCUGAAUGAGAUCCGAGAUGUGAAUGUGGAAGAGGAGAUUGUGCGAUAUUUUGGGAAGGGUUACCUGGUUGUGCUACGAUUUGUCACUGGAUUUUCACACCCACUGACUCAGAGUGCCGUGUUGGGCUGUAGAAGUGAUGUGGAAGCGGUUGCCAAACUCGUUACUAGUUUUCUGGAACUGGACAGAGUAGAGAGCCAACAAGAUCUCUCUCAGAGCAGCGAAACAGAGGCUAGUGAUGCAGAUGAACCACAGGAUAAAUAUUAAUAGUCAUCAUAAGCUGAAGAAAGCUGAGGCUUUCAAACAUCUGGAAAAUAUACUGAUUUUUCUUCAGAAAAAAAUCCCUCACAAUCUUGACCUGGGCGUUUCUCUACAUGUGCAUUUACAAUGGGAGGAAUCUGUCUUAGGGCACCUUUUGUAGUGCUAAACUGCUUCAAGAUCCACGUUCCCAGUGUGGCUGUUGCAGAGUCCAAAGCAAAUUCUUUUAUUUGUUCCUUGGCCUUAGUUCCUGCAUGUGGACACUGCUGGCUUUUGAACUUUGUCAGCUCAUCAAACUUGUCUAAGAAUAGUUAUUUAUUAAUUAAUUGGUUUGAAAUCAUUUAUUGCUUUCCC